GGCUGAGUGCAUCGCUCGCUCGUUAUCCGUAGCGUAUAUGAGGCAGACAGCGCAGCAGUAACCCUCGCCCUGACUCCGAGCAUGCACGCACUGGGCGCUCGCGCGGCCGCCCACUGACGCCGGCAACAUGAACGCGCGCACCAUCGCCUUCGAGCUGUCCAUGGAGGGCAGGCAGGUGGACGAGGUCGUCGCCUGCAUCUUCCAUACCGUCCUCUUCCACCGCUCUAGUGGCAAGUUCACCUACAACAAUGAGGAAAGCUACUCCAUCCGCACCGUCAGCUAUGUCGAUGUGGAUUGUGACUUCAUAGACUUCACGUACGUCUGCUGCGAAUCCGAUGCUCUGGGUCGCAGUGUAAAGCGCGAGAUCUCAGAUUUCUCCGAGCUACUGCGCGGACUGGACUCGAGCUCGUCCCCACCGCGCGGCUCCAUCAGCCUCGAGUUCUUCCAGAAGCGCCGCGCGCGCUGGCCCUUCCAGCCCGAGUGCGUGCCCUGGGAGGUGUGGACCGUCUACUGCGAGCUCGCGCGCAACGACCACGACGCGCACAACAGCAAGCACGAAAAUGUCGUGGAGAUGUUGCAGGACAAGAUCGUUUUCAUCACAGAGAUCAUCAACCGACACGAGUAUGUGCCCAAGAUGCCGAGCCGCUCGGACGCAGAUCUCAUCUUCGACACGUCUUACUCGGACAUCCAGCCGUACUUGUUCAAGAUAAACUACAACCUGUCGGGCGCGCCGCCCACGUCGGUGGGCAACACGGUGCGCAAGCUCAUCCGCGACACGCUGUCGUUGUGAUGCCGGCUGAGUCCGCCCGUCUGCCUGCCAGCUCCGUCGCGCGCUGUGACGCGCCGCUAUGCAUGAAGCAUGUCACAUCAAUCUAAUAAUGUUUUAAAUGAACCAAAUUAUAAUGAAACACACGACUCCGCGCUGUUGCCUCUCGCGGUACAUAUGAUUUUACUAAAUAUUGAAAAUUUUUAUGUGUGAUUUAUUUUUACUAUGGACAUGUGUAUAUAAUAAUCAUAAUGAGGAAUGAAUUGUUUUAUCUAUUAACACUGUAUUUGACGUUUUGACAAUACACAAACAUCAGAAUCUAUUAUCUGUGUCAUUUAUUGUACUUACGCUUUGUUUGUUGCACAAACGUGUGUCGUAGUUAUCGUUGCAAUUAAUGUUUUGUGUAACUUUACUAUGUAUCAGCUUUAUUACUGACUGUUAGCUUGUACUAAACUUUGUGUUUCUCGUUCGUGUAGGUAUAAUACAAGUUCCAGCUUAUUGUCUAUGUAUGAUGUACGAUGAGAUGGUCGAGGUGGUUAGAGUAAGUUGCGAGGAACGGAAGCGUGGAGGAUACACUCCCUCUGCUAUCUGCUAGGAUGAGCCGAGCCUCUACUUGACGUCGCGCGUCGCGUCGUAUUUAACUAAUAAUAUUUUAUUUAAUGGAACUUUGUCUGUUGUAAUGUUAGUUUGUAACUUUAGUUGUAAUAUCAGAGCUAUGGCUCGGAAGGCUGGUUAAUGUGUCCAUUCAUUUUGUCGUUUAUUUAAGCUUUGGAUUCGUCUGUUGUUUAUUACUAAGAUUAAUAUAGAGUGAUUUCUCAAACAUUCACGAAAGUUUGACGUAGACAUAAUAGUUACCUAGAAAUUUGAUUGUGUAAGUAAUAUUUAGAUUUUUUUAUGAAUUAUAAUGAACACUUGAGUUCUUGUUGAGGAGGUGGCACGAAAUGUUUAUAUCUUGAGUACUAACGCUUCUAUGUUUAGUCACACUCGGAGUCGCUGGACUCCAAUAGUAUCGUUAUUUGACUAUUCACUUAUAUUUAAAUGAUCGCUUUGUGAUAUCGCCGAGAAUAAUUCUGGAAUAUAUAAAAGAAAAAUGUAAAAAAUAUAUCUUCGAUGAUGUGUCUGAAUGUAAGGAAGAUUGAUAUAUUAUUAAAUGAUAGAUAUUACGACUUAAGUAGUUAUGUAUUGUCAGUAACUCUAUGAAUGUGUAUUAUAAAUAUUGUAAAUACUUGCAUCGAUAGUAUAGUCAGUUCACUUAUUCGAAUAGUUCCAAGUGGUUUGUUGAGAGAGCUUUAUCGAUAUAGAAUGUUUUAGAUCUAGCUGAUCAAUGAUUGUUCCAUGUAUUGUGUAAAAAUGUUAGGAUAGGCGCGGUGCGAGGAACGUCUCAUGUAGUGUUAAGUAAUGGUGAGAUGAAUAAUCAAAUUAAAUUGUAAUGUCAUUUUUUUCUUUUUAUUCUUAUACUUAUUUGCGAUAUAUUUACUUUGACGAUGUCCUGUUGAAAGUCUUAAUAAUUUAUUGUCGAAUUGUCUGACUGGGUGUCGUCAAAGAAAACAUAUGAAUCCAUGACUUGCAACAGAACAUAUUUUAGGAUAACUUUUACUACCUACUACAAUUUACACGUAUGUAUGUUUUCAUGCCAGAGUCAAAUUGCUUUUAGUUUUGUUUUCUAGAGGACUGUGAACUGAGUCCAUCCAUACAAUUCUGAUUUACUAUCCUACCUCAUUUUGUGACUCUAGCUUUAGUGUAUCACGUCUGUAGGCCUAUCUAAUCACACUUGUACCUACAAAAUAUUUAUCAGAAUUAUUUCGUCACCAAAGAUGAGGCUGUAUAGGCUUUGCGAUCUUAAAAUACAAAUUCUUUUAAAUAUUUUCACAAUUAUGUUAAAAGAUAGCGUGUUCGUGUGCAAUGACGAAUAUAUUCUGUUACGAAAUAUAAUUAUAUGAAGAGAUAUCGACAGUGCAUGCGUAACAAUAUCUUUUACUCAAAUAUUUUAAUGAUAUAAUAUUUAUUAUGUAAUCCAUUUGUAAUUUUCAUAUCAGUGAGUACCUUAAUGAUUGAAAUGAUUCCAAAAUGCUAAAAUAUAGAACUCUGGUGAUAUUGACAAUAUAUUUAAUUCAGAUACCUUGGAGGUGUGCCUCGUGUAGUGAUAGUGUAUGCCGUAUGCCGAGCACAUGUUAAGUAAAUAUAUUAUGUCACUGCACCUUCGCUAUGGCCUUAUUUAAAAAGAUGUCUUAGGAAACUAUUAAAUUCACGACUCGCGUGUAAUAACGGCUGUUACAUAUUAGAGUUUAUAUAAUACAUAAAUGAAACAGGAAAUAUAUAUGUUGUGAUGUAUAAGUUCAAAAAGUAAAAAUCUUAGUCUUGUGAUAUAAUUUAUAUAUAAGUAAUAAAUAAUGAAGUAUU